AUGGAGGGUUGGAACAAGCUUCUGGAUGGAUUCUCAUUCAGCUUGAUGGGAUAUAUAGUAGCAAGGAGAGAAGAAAACCUGAUCAAGCUGGAUGAGGAAAUAAAAAACUCUAAAAAAGGCCUAAGUGAUACUACUAAUCCAGAAACAUUCAAUGAGACUAUUGUGGAGAUAAAAAGAAAAAUAGAUAAAAUAGAGAGAGAAGUGAUAGAUACUAAGACAUGCAAAUAUUUGAGAGAUUUAGAAGACUAUAGAACAGGCAAUAUAAGAAGCAAUAAAAAAAUAGAGAGUUUGAAUAAACAAUAUAGGGGAAGAAUGCAAAGUCACCAGAGACAGAAUAGAAGAAAAAGAUCCCCUAGCAAAGAAAGAUAUCACCAACAGAAUUAUCACUCACAGAGAAAUAGAAGUCAGAGGUACCCACAAUUCCAAAGAAAUGAUAGAUAUCAUGCCAAUUACAAGAGAGUAGAGGGGAGAAGUGAACGUAUAGUGAAUCCAGAAUUUAAAAGACAAGGAGAGAGAUAUGGAAUCCAUUCCUCACAUAAUGGCAACACUAUUAGGCAGGAUCCUAGAAAAAGUGAUUAUGUUAGAAGCUAUAGUGAGGUAGUGACUAGUGUUCCAGAGAAUCGUCACAACCCUAUAAGGAAUACCCAGAAGUCCCCUAGGAGACAACAGAAUACAUUAGAAGGUCGACGUCCAACCACCUAUAAUCGCUUCCAGAUUUUGGAACAUAACACCUCACCCAGGACUUCCCCUUUUCACGGGAGUACAAUCCAACCCAGAUUCAAACAGACACAAGAACUACGGGAAUGGGAUUCACCAGGCAAAAGGAGAAGGUCGUGGGAAGAAGGAGAAAUAGAAGACGAGGAGGAAAGGAAACACAACAGGGAGAAGAGAGGGAGGAUGUAG